ACGAAUAGUUUUGUAUUUGUAUCUAUUUGAGAUUUUUUAUAUUUAGUAAGCAAAAUAACGGUAUUACCUGGAAGUUGAGAACACUUGAUACCAUUAUGAAGAUGCUAGGACAUGAAGGACAGAUCAUAGAUGUGCUGAAAAUGGACGUAGAAGGGUCUGAAUUGGAUGCUUUGGAGCAGAUGGUAGAUUCCCGCGUUUUGAAGAAUGUUAACCAUUUAUGUAUUGAAAUCCAUCUAAUCGCCAGUUACUUUGACCGUACAUUAAAUACUUUACAAAGGCUCGAAAACGAGGAUAAUUUCCAGUUCUUCAGUUCCAGGCCAAAUCCUAUUGUAGCACCUAUGGCAGUCCCUGGAAGAUACAAAACAGAAUACUUUCUCUACGAAUUAGCAUGGUUUAAACGUAGAACAUGAUAUUUAGAGUUAGUUUAAUAAAAUGUUUCACCAGUCACUUCCCGUGAUAUGCUUUUCAAAGUUAUCAUGUUUACUAUUGGAUAUAUAAUAUGCUAAAACUAUAAAGUAAAGCGGAAAAUGUUUUUCAAAAUAUCUGUCUAACGGUUUGUAAGAAAAUUUUUUUUUGUUUUAUUUGGUUAGUUCACGUUUUAUAGGUUUAUUCACGAGCUUUGGUGUUGGGUCUUAUUGGUUCUGAUAUUUAUCACCAUGAAUUAUAUGUUUUCGAUUUUUGUCUAAAAUAUCAUAUCAACCAAUGAUAAUCCAGUAAUACUAGUUAGAGCAAUGAAUGAGAGUUCACUGGUCAUUCAAAUAACAAUGUCAGACAUUUUAUUCUACCUAAGUUUUGUAAGCUAUAGAAUAUAAUUUGGAAACCGAGAAUGUAUAAUUUUUAAAAUAACUUUUUCAUUGCACCAUGAAACAUUUAAGGCAAAAAUGUUUUUAAACAUUUAUGUCUUACUUCGCAGUGGUAAUUUUCAUACUGAUUGAUUAUCAAGUUAAAAUAUACGUUUGCCACUAAAUAAAUAAAAUAAUCCUUGCUUAAAGAUGCCAGUGUGUACGCUUUACGCGUUCAAAUUAAAUUCUGAAAACUA